AGUGGCAGGCAGUAGCCAUUGAAAGCUUCAUUCGCCAAAGACCGAGUCGCGAUAGACAUUCCGCGGCAAUCAGUCAGCGCUUGCCCAAGUAGGAGUGAAAGGGCGCGUGGUUCGUGUCGGAUGACGUAUCGCCGUUCUGGAUCUGAGCAGCGCUCAAACAAUAGUGCGAGAUUCGUAUAAACGUACAUUAAGCGUGACCGAUGCCAUCUAAUAACGCGUGGUAAGUUACGAACAUUUACUGUUUCCGACGUACGUACGCUACAGCGUGUGCCGAAUAGUAAAUGCGAAGAGUCUAGAUGAAAGUAACGCCUUCAAUCUGCAGCUGAGAAGUAGAAACGUUUCUCCUCACAACGAAACUGUUCACUGCAGAGUUGAUAUUUAGGCACAUCACUGCAUCCAGUUGGUGACUGACGAAUGCAGACACUGCCCCGGAAUGUGGCUCUGGUAUAGUCUGGUGCUGCUCGUAGUGGCUGCUGCCUUGUUACUUCUGUACCUGUACUCCGUCAACCAGCACUGGAUGAAACUGGGGAUCCCGCACCCCAAGCCGGAACUUUUCUUCGGAAACACACGCCGCUUUUUUCUACUGAAGGAAUGCCUGCCAGAGGCACUAGACAGGGUCUACCACCAGCUGGAGGGGCUGCCGUUUGGAGGAUUCUACCUCAUGAUGACGCCGUGUCUUGUCGUGAGGGACCUCGGCCUCAUCAACAGAAUAUUUGUUGGGGACUUUGGACAUUUCCAUGACAGGAUGAACUUCCCACAUUUCAAGAGGGACCCCAUGACGCACCACCUGUUCACGAUGGGCGGCUCCCUGUGGAAGGAGAUGCGUCUGCGAAUGUCACAAGUGUUCUCCGUGGGCCACACGCGCCGCGUCUUCUUCCUGGUGCAGGAGUGCUGCUCGCGCCUCCAGAAGUCCGUGGAUGCGACCGUCCGGCGACAGCCGGGCUGCGAGGUGGAGCUCAAGCAGCUGCUGUCCACGUUCACCACUGACGUCAUCGGCGUGUGCGCCUUCGGCAUCGAGUGCGGUGCCAUUGAUGACGUCAACUCGCAGUUUCGUCGUAUCAGUAGCAUGGUUUUUGACACAUCGACCCCAGCUGCAAUUCGGCAAGUCGUCGCACAAACAUUACCAACUGUUGCACUGCUCCCCGGAAUGAGUUUCUUUUCCAAUCACGUAAAGGAAUUUUUCGACAGAAUUGCAACAGAAACCUACCAGUACAGAGAAAAACAUAAUGUUCUUCGCGAUGAUGUGGUUCACCUGUUGAUGACGCUGAGACAGGAAGGGAAGCUAACUACAGAGGAAGGAGAAUGUAUAGAGAUCAGCGACAAGCUGAUGGCGGCGCACUUGCUUAUGACCUUCGCGCUCGGCUUCGAGAUGACUUCGACCACCAUGAGCUUCUGCCUGCACGAGUUGGCAAUGAACCCGGACGUGCAGACCAAGGCGCGAGUCGAGGUGGAUGCAGUACUCAGCCGACAUGGCGGAGAAAUGACGUACGAAGCCCUGCAGGAGAUGCGUUAUCUGGACAUGGUGGUGGCAGAAACUCUGCGCCUCUACCCACCGAUGGCCUACCUGAUGCGGCAGUGUACUGAGCCGUACCAGGUGCCGGGCAGCGACCUGCGCCUGCGCGUGGGGGACGUGGUGUACGUGCCGCUGCUGUCGCUGCACCGCGACCCGCGCCUCUUCCCUGAGCCGCUGCGCUUCAACCCGGAGCGCUUCAGCGGCGGGCACGCCCACCCAGCCUACCUGCCGUUUGGCGACGGGCCACGAAUCUGUCUCGGUCAGAAGUUCGGCCUGGUGGAGGUGAAGGCCUGUCUGGUGGCGCUGCUGUCGCGCUUCGAGUUCCGCCGCUGCUCGCGCUCUCUGGACAGCCCUGUGCCGCUGGAGCCUCGCAAGGUCAUCCUGGCCGCUGCCAGCGGCCUCUACGUGAGGGUCACCCCCAGGGCCUGGCUGCCUGUCAGCUAGCCACCUGAAGACGCGCUCUGCGCCGAAACGUCGAAGCGGGAGCUCUAACGGGCAAGGUGUACUCUUAAGGCAGCAGCCUGAAGUCAUCCCAGGGAUGGGCAGUGGACUGUACGUGCGGAUUGCUCUCUUACCUAGUCACCUGAUGAUGAGCGAUCUAAGAACGUCAAAACUGGGAACUCCACCACUGUCGCACUAGGAGUAAGACACCCACCACGUUAGCGCCGCACAUCUAAUCAUUUGAGGAUGCUCAGGGUAUCAUGCAACGUUACAGUAGGAACUCCAGGUCUGUACUGCAGUCUCCAGACAGCACAUUUCCACUGCAGGUGUGCAGACAAGUAAUACUUACCAGUCACUUCCAGGGCCGGACUGCAUGUCAUCUAAUAUGGAGACGUGCUAAAUUACAUAAACGUCACUCUGGAAGCUGCAACAGAAUCCUUCUUCUCCAAGCUCAGUGAUAACUUGAGUCGUUUACCGCCAUCUUAGCUUUUGACAGCAGGCUGCAUGGGAGGCGUCGUUUCGAGGGUCAGGUUACCUCUGCCAGAAACAGAGCAUCAUCGAAAUGUCACUGCUGGAGUUCCUACAUCAGACACUUUUCUCGCAGGUCUAUGAUAUCAAGGAUAUCUUCCUUUGAGUAGUGACAUGAACUUCCAGGUCACUUCCGAAACCUUGCUGCUUCUUGUCUCAAGAUGUGCACUAAUGCACGAACGUCACAAGGGGUAAUGUAUCACACUUGCAUAUUCGACAGUCGCGUACCGAGUGACAUAAGAGAAGAAGACAGUAUGUUAGAGUCACUUCCCAGGAAUUCGUGCCUCAAAUCUAACCACUUGAGGUCAAUGAGAUGUGUUGAAACAUCGCACUUCUAGCUUCUAUCCAUUCACGCAGUUCCUUUCAAUCUGCGCAAAAUAAUUCAGGUGGCUACAAGUAGGCUGUACAUUCAGGUCCUCCACAGAGCCUGGUGGCCUUUCAUUUUACCAUGAAAAUUCACAGCACUGCAGAAAGGUCCUAUUGGUAGGUCCAACAUUGUCACACGCUUUUUCUUUAGUAGUAUGCCCCUGGUGAUUGGCAUAAUCAUUUGAUGGUAGCCAGCAAACAUCCAUUUCGUGUCUGCCAGGGGAAUGGGUGUUUUUGUUGUCCUCAUCAUUUCAUCAUCAUCAUAAUUAUCAUUAUCAUCAUCAUCAUUCGUGAUAGUGGCUACAAUGGAAUGUGGUAAAACUGGGACUUUCUACAGUCGCCCCACAAAUCAAACAUCAUCAUGAUCACCCUGUUCGUCGCUACCUUGUACACAGUUAUCAGAAGAUAUACGGUGUUGCAGAAAUGUCACAGUCUGGACCUCCAUCAUAGUAGAACAUAAUACUGAAGACAAUCGUCGUAGCGGCCAGCAGGCAGCACAUACGAGCCAUUACGAACAUUUACUCACCUGAAGAUGAGAAUGUGCGAUGAAACGUCGCCGUGGGAGAUAGAGCGGUCUGCUGGUUACACUGAUCCACUAGAUCAGAGCAGUAUUGUAACCUUCCCGUACAAAAAUAAUAUGGCUCUGCCAAAACAAUCUGAAUAAACUGAAGAAUUCUUACCUCAUGAUGGUGUCUAAAAAUCUGCUCGUAAAUGGCACAGCUUAGUGCAAGGCUGGCCUAUCUACUGACACUGGACAACAUUUGUCUUAGAUCUGAACUGUUAGAAAAACUGACUUUGCUUAUUGACAUAGAUGCACAGCUGGUCGUCUGAUUACUAAAGAACACAUGACUAUAAUCUGAGAAAAUGUUUGAAAUAUUUAAAUUUAAAUAAAUGACUGGAUCGGGACUGGUAAAAACUAUAUUCUGAAAAUCCUUUACAUUAUUGACAAAGA